UUUUCUCCGUAACAGAAAUACGGAAUCUAUUAAUUUAAUCACUUACACUUAAUCAUUGAUUAUUUCCCUAAUUAAUUCUCCCCCACAAAACAAAACAAAAUCUUCAAGUUGUCAACUACACCAAGUGAUUCAAACCUCAGGGGAAGGUCGUUUCUCUUCCUAUCCACCUUCAAUUCUCCUCCCGUCUUUUUAAUUUCUUCAUCCCCAUCACAAUUUCGUUAUCAGUUUCUCAACAAUGGCGUCACUUCUCUCCACCACCACGCAAACCCCUGCAAACCACACAAAUAUGUAUGCUGACCAGGUUCUUCUUCUUUCCUUCUCCGAGCUCCUGGCCAACAUGGACUUAACAUGGAUGGCUGAUUUUCUCAAGGGCAUGGUGAAGCCGCUGGCAGCGACGGUGGUGGUGCUGUUGGCGGUGGCCUUGUCCUUCAUGCAGAAGCUGGGUUUGGGUGGAGAGAUGAUUUACUCCAUUGCUAGGGCCUUUGUCCAGCUCUCCAUUAUUGGGUUUGUUCUGCAGUUCAUUUUCACUCGGGACAAUGCUGCUUGGAUCAUUCUGGCUUACCUUUUCAUGGUAACUGUGGCUGGUUACACAGCAGGACAAAGGGCUAAGCAUGUCCCUAGAGGGAAGUAUGUUGCUGGGGCUUCCAUACUGGCUGGAACCUCAGUCACAAUGCUCCUGCUUAUCUUGCUCAGAGUCUUCCCAUUCACUCCAAGAUACAUCAUCCCUGUUGCAGGAAUGAUGGUAGGAAAUUCAAUGACAGUAACCGGGGUUACAAUGAAAAGACUUCGCGACGAUAUUCGAACUCAAAUGAAUCUGGUAGAGACAGCAUUGGCUCUCGGGGCAACCCCGCGCCAAGCAACACUUCAGCAGGUGAAGAGAGCUUUGGUGAUUUCCCUGUCUCCGGUUCUGGACAAUGCGAAAACCGUGGGUCUCAUCUCGCUUCCCGGUGCCAUGACCGGGCUUAUAAUGGGAGGAGCUUCUCCUCUGGAGGCCAUUCAGCUGCAGAUUGUUGUGAUGAACUUUCUCAUUGGUGCAUCUACAGUUAGCAGCAUCUUGUCAACAUAUCUGUGUUGGCCUGCCUUCUUUACCAAAGCUUAUCAGUUAGAGACCAAGGUCUUCUCCUCAGAAUGAGGAUUUUAUAGUGCCCUUAAUUACAGAAUACAGAUUGAAAAAUGCACAAAAUUAGGCCUCCCAAGGCACACUUGAGGGUCUAGUAGUAGCUAUGCAGUGUAGCCAUAUUUGAAGUGAUAGAUUGUACAAUGUCUAUCAAUCGGUCACUCUGUUUCUCUCGGCGACAAAAAUAUGCAUUUGUGAUGUUGUUUAAUUAUUGUGGGCCAUAAUAAACACAUACUUGGAAAAA